AUGCCUCCUCCUGCCGCUACUAUCAUGGGCUACGAUCCUUACCGGCUUACUUCGUCUAACCGCUUUAACUGGGACUCGGCUCAAAACGCCAUCUUUCGCGAUUACUGCACGCAAUUCCCGACGUCCGCGGCUCGCCGUAUGAAUAUUCGAUCUUUGGUAUACGAGCUCGGCUUCGGUCCGUACUGUCUUAUCGAGACGAAUGCCGGAGCUAUCGUCGGUGAUUUAAUCCAAACCAAGGUGCUUUCGAAAGCCUUGCGCACUACCGGCUAUAGCGAGCCACCAUCCGAAGACCGAGAAGAAGAGAGUUUUGUCGCCGACGCCGAAGACAUCGAUACCGAAAUGAACAUGAGAAUCGGCGCAGCCCAACCUCAGCAGCGAUUUCUCUCAUCGCCAUCGCCUUUCCCUCCAUCUCCUCUACCUUCUCCAUCUCCUCCACCAACUCCUCCUAUGCAAACUCUAAGCCAGACCCAAACCGACCUCCAAGCUCUUCUAGCUAAAAUUGCGCUGCUCGAGUCGCAGGUCGCCAAUACCGCGGCUGAGCCGGCCCGCAAGCCCAGAGCCAAGAAGCCGAUGCUAAGUCGAGGAUCGACCGCCCCGCCCACCGCCGCCGCCCCUCUCGAUCUCGACCCCAGUCCUCGCACGGUCAUGCAUACGCCGGCCACCACCUUGCCCACCAACAUGGAUACUACGGCCACUACGGCCACUACGGCCAUUUCCAACACAGCAGCCAACCUAAUCAACUCGGCCAAUCAAGCAGCCAGCCCAUCUCCUCCGCCUUCGUACUCUCAUCCACCUAUCACCACCCGUCUCGGUCUCGGUCCUGAGUAUACGAAAGAGAAUGACUAUUACGACGGCGGCAAUAAUAUCGCGAACCGACAUCUCCAUUUCAUCCUUCCGGCUACGGUCGAUCAAGUAGCAGCACAUGCACAAGUACAUGCCCAUCCUCGCUACGCUUCUGCACCUAGGAAAUUCGAAGCUAACGCAUUCGGAGCCGAUGGACUCAAACUUGCUGAACGUGCUGAUGGACACGCUGGACACGCUGGACACGCUGGACACGCUGGAAAUGCUGGACAUGCUGGAAAUGCUGGGAAUGCUGGGAAUGCUGGGAAUGCUGGACACGCUAAACACGCCAAACACGCCGACAAUGCUGCACCCGCUCGACCCGACGCCGCCGCCCCUCUCCCUGCUUCUGCAUCGACCUUUACUUUUAGUGCCCGUCCUACCCCCACCCCCGCAACCACCAACACGCGCACCACUCGCUCCGCCAUGAAAGCCAAGGCGGCCUCUGCCCAGCCCGAGCCCGAGCCCGAGCCCGCACUCGCAUCGACAUCCGCAUCCGCAUCCGUCCCACCCGCAAUUAAACGUGCAUCCACCCCCGGACUCGCAGCUGCACCGAAGCCACCUGCGGCCAGCACGAAACCACGCCGUACUCCGACCCGCUUCAAUACCAAUCACGGCGUCGGUGUCGGCAUCGACCUGAGUACCGCCGCUGCUCUGUCCCAGAUGCGCGUCCAGAUUGAGCAGCUCGUCGAGGCUAGCAAGAAGCAGAUGGCUGCGAACCCAAGCGCUAAGGUUGAGACGGGGAAGGGAAAGCAGAAGAAAGAGGUAAGCCAGGAAGAAGACGAUGAGGCGGAGACGACGGAUAUUAGCGACUUUGAAUGGGAGGAAGUGGGUAUGUAUGCGACUAUGGACUAA